AUGAGGGACACGAGAUCUACCAGGAGCGGCGGAACUAGCAAUAGUUUCGAUGAUAUAUCGUCAAUUUCGUCUGUGGAUUCCUAUCAGCCGGAAGCCUUUACCGGCCAGGAUGUCCAAUCAUUUGAGCAUAAGUCCUUAGCUAGUGAAGGUGCCACAACUUUGGGCCGUAGGGCGUCCAACGCUAUUGAGAAGGUUGUAACCCACAAUGCAUUACAGGGCAGGGCAGAGACAGCGGAUUCAUUGAAAAAGGAAGGGUUGAAUCUGAAGUCCAAAGCUAUUCCCGACAUCAAUGACCCUAUAUCGGCUGGCGCAGCAGCGACACAGUUCCCUGAGGAGUACAGAAUAGAAACCCAGACUGGCCUGGUGAAGCUAAAGACUUUGACCGAACUGAGCAGAAACGAUACCAGGGCUUCCGUAGGGAGCAGCGGAAAGCUUUCAAAAAAGAGCAGCGGAAGGAAGACCUCUGAUUACGAGGAAAAUCAAGUUGGCGGCGAUGGAAAAUCGCAAGGGCAAGCUUACCUUAAUGCACAUAAUUUGCAGCAAGCAAUUGAGAAGAAUAAGCAAGCCAUUCAGAAGUAUCAAAAGCACAAGCACGAGAAGGGACUUAAAGGAUUCUUGCAUCGGCUGUUCGAUUAA